AAACUUCAAUUACUUCACCUCAAUGGCAGCACUAUAAAUACAACCGUUCUUCAUUAACCCACUUCAAAUUCAACAUCCAUGGAGUUUUCCACGCGCCCCUGUUCUAAAUUUCUUACUAAAUCGUCCUAGUUUGAACAGUUCAAUCGAAAUCGAACCGAUUCUCUCAUCUGGGUCUUCUUAAAAUCCUCGAAAUUCAAGGGAUUCGAGGGCGAUUCUUGACCAUUUUGCAGGCAAUCGAGAUGGGUCCAUCGGGGAAGGAGCUGAAAGACAUGGUGGUGAGUCAACUGGGGGAGUCUUUGAGGGAGAUAUCGGGGCUUCCUGAGUAUAACGGCAUAUGCAAGAAGGUGUAUGGGGAUUUGAUUCGAAGGGUGAAGCUGUUAAGCCCUUUGUUUGAGGAAUUGAGAGAUGGAGAUGAAGAACUUGAAUUAGAUGUUCUUAAGGGUUUGGAGUUGCUGAAAAUUGCUUUGGAUUCUGCUGUAGAGCUUCUUAGAUCGGUCAGCCGAGGUAGCAAGCUAUUUCAGGCUUCGCAAUUAGAGAAAUUAGUACUUGAGUUUCAUCAUAUGACUGAAGAUAUUGAGGCAGCACUCAGCAAGCUUCCCAUCAACAAGCUCGGGAUCUCGGAUGAGGUUCGAGAACAGACCGAACUUGUUCAUGCGCAAUUCAAACGAGCAAAAGAGAGAGUAGGUUCAGCUGAUGCAGAGUUAGGCAAGGAUUUAGUCAUAUUAGAGGAAGAAAAAGAUCCUGACCCUGCAAUAUUGAAAAGAGUUUCUGAAAAACUGCAUCUUCGAAGUAUAACCGAUCUGAAGAAAGAGUCGUUAGCGAUCCAUGAGCUGGUGAUCUCGAUCGAUGGAGGAGACCCGGGGGAUGUUUUUGGUAAACUGUCGUCCAUUUUAAAGAAGUUGAAGGAUUAUGUACAAUCAGAAAACCCGGAAGUUGAAACUUCUCAAGAUGAAAAAAGUACGACUAUUAAACACAGAUCUCCUGUCAUCCCCGACGAUUUCAGGUGCCCCAUAUCUCUUGAAUUAAUGAGGGAUCCCGUCAUUGUCUCGACUGGGCAGACGUACGAGAGAUCUUGCAUUCAGAAAUGGUUGGAUGCAGGGCACAAAACCUGUCCAAAAACUCAGCAAGCUUUACAACAUACAGCCUUAACACCAAAUUAUGUCUUGAAGAGCUUGAUUUCUUUGUGGUGUGAGAACAAUGGCGUUGAAUUGCCAAGGAAGCAAGGUAACUGCAGAAGCAAGAAACCCGGAAGCAGUAUUUCAGACUGCGAUCGGGCUACCAUCGAUGCAUUACUGCUAAAACUGGUUAAUGGAUCUCCAGAACAGAAAAGAUCAGCUGCUGGCGAGCUCCGACUACUAGCGAAGAGGAAUUCCGAUAACAGAAUUUGUAUCGCGGAGGCGGGAGCCAUUCCGUUCCUCGUCGAACUAUUAUCCUCAAAUGAUACUAGGACUCAGGAGCAUGCAGUUACAGCACUAUUGAAUCUUUCAAUCAACGACAGUAACAAAAGAACGAUUGUCGAUCUUCGAGCCAUUCCUGCUAUUGUCGAAGUACUGAAAAAUGGCAGCAUGGAAGCAAGGGAAAAUGCAGCUGCAACCCUUUUCAGCUUAUCCGUGAUAGACGAGAACAAGGUCGCCAUCGGAGCAGCUGGGGCGAUUCCUGCUCUCAUAAGCUUGCUUUGUGAAGGUACUCCCAGAGGAAAGAAGGAUGCUGCUACUGCUAUCUUCAAUCUUUCAAUCUAUCAGGGAAACAAAGCUAGGGCUUUAAGAGCAGGCAUUGUGACUCCACUCAUGGGAUUUCUGAAAGACACUGGAGGUGGCAUGGUGGAUGAAGCUCUAGCCAUUCUGGCCAUUCUUGCAACUCACCAUGAAGGAAAGGUAGCAAUAGGGCAAGCCGAGCCGAUGGCGGUUCUGUUAGAGUUCAUCAAAACUGGUUCGCCACGGAACCGGGAAAACGCUGCAGCCGUGCUGUGGUCACUUUGCAGUACCGAUUUCGAGCAGUUGAAGCUAGCUAGGGAGCAUGGUGCUGAAGAGGCACUGAAAGAAGUAUCUGAGAAUGGCACAGACAGAGCAAAGAGGAAAGCAGGAAGCAUUCUAGAGCUCUUUCAACGCUUUGAUGGACCAUCUUCACCCUUGUAAUUAUAAGGCAUUAAUAAUACUAUAUAAUGUUGCUGUAUUUAUAAUGAAGAAAUUUUCAUGUAGAAUUAUGUAAUUCUUGUUUGAAAUUUAGUGAAGAAAGUGCUAGGCUGUUCUUUUGAA